AUGAGGACUAACAAUGGGGUUCCACUUCCUUGCAUUUUCUCUAUUCUUGCAUGUUGUCUGUUAACUCUCCAUGUCAACAUGGCUUUGGCAGAGAGAUCCACUUAUAUUGUCCACAUGGAUAAGUCUCUGAUGCCCAAAUCCUUCACUAGCCAUCAUCAUUGGUACUCCUCCAUUGUUGAUUCCUUCAAAACUGAUCUUCACACCUCGUCAGAUCCCCACAGACUCACGCCAUCCCUUCUGUACACCUAUGAUAAUGCCUUUCAUGGUUUCUCAGCAGUUCUGUCCACAGAUGAAUUGGAGACUUUAGGAAAGUCUCCAGCUUUUGUUUCGGCUUACAAGGACAAAACUGUCACAGUUGACACAACCCAUACCACUACAUUCCUCUCCCUCAACCCUUCCACUGGUUUGUUACCUGCUUCGAAUUAUGGUGAAGACAUCAUUGUUGGUGUCAUUGAUACUGGGAUCUGGCCGGAGAGCGAUAGCUUCAGAGAUGAUGGUCUGACCAAGAACAUUCCAGCUAAGUGGAAAGGCAAAUGUGAGGUUGGACAAGAGUUCAAUACCUCUCUGUGUAACAACAAAUUGAUAGGAGCAAGAUACUUUAACAAGGGUGUAAGGGCUGCAAAUCCUGGUGUCACACUUAGCAUGAACUCUGCUAGAGACACUCAAGGCCAUGGGACUCAUACAUCAUCAACAGCUGCAGGGAACUUUGUUGAUGGGGCAUCAUAUUUUGGUUAUGCUAAAGGAACAGCUAGAGGUGUAGCACCGCGUUCCAGGGUUGCCAUGUACAAGGUCCUUUGGGACGAGGGUAGAUAUGCCUCUGAUGUUCUAGCAGGCAUGGACCAAGCCAUUGAUGAUGGUGUGGAUGUUAUCUCAAUCUCCCUAGGCUUUGAUGCCACGCCAUUGUACGAGGAUCCUGUGGCAAUAGCAUCCUUUGCAGCCAUGGAGAGGAAUGUGGUGGUCUCAUCUUCAGCCGGAAAUGAAGGAACAUCAGGCCUUGGGAUGCUGCACAAUGGCAUCCCUUGGGCCGUAACUGUUGCAUCAGGCACCAUAGACCGCUCAUUUGGUGGAUCAUUAAGUCUUGGUAAUGGUUUAACCAUUCCUGGAUUUACCUUGUUCCCGGCAAAUGCCCUUAUAGAAAAGCUUCCACUGGUUUACAACAAGACGUUAUCGUCUUGCAACGACACAGAACUAUUGUAUGCUGGCCCCAGUGCAGUCCUCAUAUGUGAUGACAUUUCAGAUAUCAGUGGUCAAAUGUCUCAUCUUGUUGCUGCAGAGGUGCUUGGAGCUAUUUUUAUUACAAACGAUCCUACGAUUAUUGAGUUAGGAAGUGUUAGAACUCCUAGUGUUGUGGUAAGUCCAGAUGAUGCACCAGCUCUUAUCAAAUAUGCAAAAAGAGAAGACGCUACUGUCAGCAUAACUUUCCAACAAACAUUUGUUGGGACAAAGCCUGCACCAGCUGCUGCAUUUUACACUUCAAGAGGUCCUUCAUCAAGUUAUCCGGGUAUCUUGAAGCCGGACAUAAUGGCACCGGGGUCAUUAGUUUUGGCUGCUUGGCCUCCGAAUGUAGCAGCUGGCAUUAUUGGUGGAAAUGUGCUGUUACCAAGUGACUUUAAUAUGAUAUCCGGAACAUCCAUGGCUUGCCCUCAUGCUUCAGGCGUCGUUGCUCUAUUGAAAGGUGCACACCCGGAAUGGAGUGCAGCUGCCAUUAGGUCUGCUUUGGUCACCACAGCAAAUCCAUUAGACAACACUAGGAAUCCGAUUCGUGACAAUGGUGACAAUUUCAACUUUGCUUCACCUCUAGCUAUGGGAGCAGGCCAGAUUGAUCCUAAUAGAGCACUUGAACCCGGUUUGAUAUAUGAUGCAACCAUACAAGACUAUGUCAACCUCUUGUGCUCCACCAACUUUACCCGGAAGCAAAUCUUAGCCAUUACUAGAUCACAUGAGUACGAUUGUUCCAAGGCGUCUUCUGAUCUGAACUAUCCAUCCUUCAUCGCUUUGUAUGGUCAACAUCAUGCAAAGAAAUUAAGGGUUCAAAAGUUUCAGAGGACAGUAACAAAUGUGGGAGAUGGUGCCGCUAAGUACAAGGUUUUUGUAACAGCUCCAAACGGUUCUACGGUAAUAGUGUCACCAGAGAUAUUGAACUUUGCAAAUAUAUACGAAAAGCAAAGUUACACUGUUACUAUAAAGUACAAGGGGGACAAACAGAAGAAGGUUUCUUUUGGUGAACUUGUUUGGGUUGAAGAAAAUGGAAAAUACAAAGUGAGGAGCCCCAUUGUAGUGUCACCUGAUCUUACUUUUCUGUUAGCUCUCCAUUUCAACACUUCUUUGGCAGAGAGAUCCACUUAUAUUGUCCACAUGGACAAGUCUCUGAUGCCCAAGUUUUUCACUAGCCAUCAACAUUGGUAUUCCUCCAUUGUUGAUUCCUUCAAAACUGAAACUCAAACAGAUAGCCACAGCUUCUCACCAUCCAUUUUAUACACCUAUGACAAUGCAUUCCAUGGUUUUUCUGCAGUUCUUUCUAUAGAUGAACUCGAGACCCUAAAAAAGUCCCCCGGUUUUGUUUCAGCUUACAAUGACAAAACUUUCACACUUGACACAACCCAUACCAGUGACUUCCUCUCCCUCAACCCUUCUGCCGGCCUUUUGCCGGCCUCGAAUCAUGAAGAAGACAUCGUCAUUGGUGUCAUUGAUACCGGUGUCUGGCCAGAAAGCGAGAGCUUCAAAGACGAUGGAGUCAUGACCAAAGACAUUCCGGCUAGGUGGAAGGGAACAUGUGAGGUUGGACAAGAGUUCAAUGCCUCUUUGUGUAACAAAAAGUUGAUUGGAGCUAGAUACUUUAACAAGGGAAUUAUGGCUGCAAACCCCGGCGUCACACUUAGCAUGAACUCUGCUAGGGACAGUGAAGGCCAUGGGACUCAUACAUCCUCCACCGCUGCAGGGAACUUUGUCAAUGGCGCAUCUUAUUUUGGCUACGCUAAUGGAACAGCCAGAGGUGUCGCACCACGCUCAAGGGUUGCAAUGUACAAGGUCAUUUGGGAUGAGGGGCGUUACGCGUCUGAUGUUCUAGCUGGUAUAGACCAAGCUAUUGCUGACGGUGUGGAUGUAAUUUCCUUGUCCAUGGGGUUUGAUGGAACGCCACUCUAUGAAGAUCCUAUAGCAAUAGCAUCUUUUGCAGCCAUGGAGAAGAAUGUGGUGGUUUCAACUUCAGCCGGAAACGAUGGCCCUGGCCUUGGAUGGUUGCACAAUGGUAUUCCUUGGGUCUUGACUGUUGCAGCUGGCACUAUAGACCGCUCCUUUGGCGGAAUACUAACUCUUGGGAAUGCACUUGAACCAGGCUUAAUAUACGAUGCAACCCCUCAAGACUAUGUCAAUCUCUUGUGCUCCACAAAUUUUACCGCUAAGCAAAUCUUAGCCAUCACUAGAUCACCUGCCUAUGAUUGUUUCAAUCCAUCUUCUGAUCUGAACUAUCCCUCCUUCAUUGCUUUGUAUGAUCGUCGUCAUGACACAAAGAAGCUAAAGGUCCAAAAAUUUCAGAGGACAGUAACAAAUGUGGGACAUGGUGCAGCUACGUACAAGGCUUCGGUGAUAGCUCCACAGGGUUCUAAAGUGACAGUGUCACCGGAUACAUUGUUCUUUUCAGAGAAAUAUGAGAAGCAAAGCUACACUCUUACAAUAAGUUACAAGGGGAAAAAGAAAGGAAAUGUGUCAUUUGGUGAAAUUGUUUGGGCGGUAGUAGAUUUAAAGUACAUGGUCAGGAGCCCCAUUGUAGUGUCUCCUCUUGUUUCAGUGUCUUAA